GGCUUUAAAAAAAAUUCGUAUUCAUGAAGUGGGUAUAUGGAACACAUUAACGUUACUAGCCACCACUAGCAACUUAUCAACUAACUAGAAACACACAUCAUGAUUCUCCUCGAUGAUAAGAACAAGAUCCUCAAUGACACGCUUCAGAAGUUCUUAUCAACGGAUUCAGAGUCGCUGGAGCCUGUCGAUGUGACUCUUGCUGACUUUGAUAGUGUACUAUAUCAUAUGUCUCCCGUCGAAGGAGCCAAAUCUUCGCUAAAAAUUAGUAUCGGCUGGCCUGCCUUCAAAGAGAUGCAGGCGUGUGGAGCGGACGACGUACUGAAGCGCAUAUAUGGAGACAUGAUCACCGACACUGAGAAGGGGUAUGACUUCUCGAUCGUGGUGGAUUCGGAAGCUCUAAACGAAGAAAAAGAUGAGGUAGUAUCGAAGGUAGCGCUGUUGAAACGCAAUGUAUUCGCAGCCCCGUUCGAGAGAGCCUUCCGGCAGCAAAAGGAGGGAGGUAGCGAAGAAACUAUGAAGAUCCAGUACCGAGAAGACUCCUCCAUCUGGCUACAGGCAAGACACGAUAGGGUCACCGUUGUUUUCAGUACGACAUUCCAAGAUGCCGACGACAUCACUCUCGCGAACAAGGUGUUCUUGCAAGAGUUCGUGGAUGCAAAAAAGAAAGUUCGCGAGGCCCCUCAGGUCAUUUAUAGUUGGAAGGACCCUCCGUCCGAGUUAGACGGAACAGGUGCCGAGGCGGCUGACAACAUCAGUUACAUCACAUUUGUGUUGUUUCCCAGACACUAUGAUGGCGACAAAGAGGACAACUGCAUCAAUAUGCUUCAGAUGUUCCGAGACUACUUCCAUUACCACAUCAAGUGCAGCAAGGCAUACCUACACACUCGAAUGAGAGCGCGCGUCUCUACAUCACUGAAGGUGUUGAACAGAGCCAAGCCCGAAGUUAAGAAGGAUAAGAAAACAUUCAGCGGAAAGACCUUCGCGAAGCGCUAAAUGCCAUUUUGGUUGUGAACUAAUCUCGCUGCCAUAGCAAAACAAGGAACCUCCUGGUGGUAUGUUUAGGUUACAAUGCACAUUAUGGAAGUGUGAAAUUACUAGCUUUGACCUUCAAAUUCGAUUUGCGGUAUCCGGAUGGUGCAAGUGUGGAUGCUGAAAAGCGAAGUGGGCCGCGAAGUCUGAGUGUGAUCGCCGUGCGAUUAGUGGUGGGCUCAACUGCACACUGUCCGAUAUAGGCGUGAUAAUUGCUAUUGAUCGCCCUCUAGCCUUAUCAUUCAAUAAAAUAAAUUCAACUUAAAAGAUUGCUGAAAAUCGUACAAC